AUGGCCAACCAAAACCGCGUGUUGGAGGGCAAAUUCGGCAUCGUCACUGGCGGAUCGCGGGGAAUUGGUGAAGCUAUUGCUCGCAAUCUCGCUGCUAAGGGAUGCCACCUCCUCCUGAAUUUCACAUCCGAGUCCUCGCGUGCACACACGGAAGAGCUCUGCGCCUCGUUGGCCUCUUCCCAUGGCAUCCGCUGCGAUCACAUCCAGGCCGAUUUGAGCAAGCCCGAGGCGGCCACCAACGUUAUUCUCGAUGCCGCCAAGAAGAGCUGUGGCUCAUCGGACAAGUUUCAAAUUGAUAUUCUCAUCAACUGCGCCGGUGUCGCCGGCGAUUGCAACCUAAACGACCCCGUCCGUGGCCCUAUCGGUGCAGAGCAAUUCAAUUGGAUCUACACGAUCAACGUGCUCGCCCCUCUGCUCCUCACACAAGCCGUUGCCCCCUUCCUACCCACCGACCGCAGCGGCCGCAUUAUCAAUAUCUCUAGCGUCUCAUCUCAAUUGGGAUUCGUCGGACAGUCCAUCUAUGGUGGCACCAAGGCUGCGCUCGAGUCUAUGACCCGUACCUGGGCGCGUGAGCUGGCAGAUCGUGCCACCGUCAAUGCCGUCAACCCGGGCCCUGUGGUUGGUGAUAUGUAUUUCGCCACGGGUGAGGACUUCUGGAGAGAUAUUCAGGGCUUCCAGGAUAAUACCCCUGGCAGUAAGAUGGAUUUGACGGACCCGGAGACGAUGGCGCGCUUGACCGAUGAGCAGAAGCGUCUGAUUGAGGAGAAGAUGGGUGGCCGGAGACCGGCAUUUACUAGCGAGGUUGCUGGUGUUGUGGGCAUGUUGACGACACCUGAUGGCCAGUGGUGUACAGGAAGCUUGGUCUGUGCCAACGGUGGCAUGAAGAUGACUAUGUGA